ACCCUGACUACAGCGUUCAUCAGUUGUGUACGGAGGAGGACGGGGUCCAAGCCAAGGCCUACAUCUGAACUGCUAUCGCGUCGGAUAAUUCAGCUGUGUUUUAUACACAAAAAAUAUUUAACAUUUUUAGAAAUUAGUUUAUCGCUUUUUUUUUGAAGGGGGGCAUUAAAUUUACAUCUUUGAGGCUAUUCUUUUGCAAAGCGCGCGGGGGUUUGAAAACUAGCUAAGCUAGGUUUUAGCUAGCUAACAAACAAACAGACUAUUUUUCUCCUUAAACACUUUAAGAAACGUUUGUAAUUGAGUAAUUGAACAGUUUUUCGACUAAAGCGAGUAUUUCUGUCGAAUUAACUGUUAAGGUAUAUAUAUGCCAUAUUUUUGUACUUCUUUGUUACUUUAGCUAAAGUAGCUAGCUCGCUAAGUGGCUAAGCAGCUGCGGCUUCCUGACGAAAACAUUUUGUUGGCGAAAUAAAUGUGAAGAAAAAUUAUCGUUUAAUUUACAAUUUAAACAUACUUUGUCCACAAAGGAUAAGACGUAAGUUGCAAUUUAACCCGACAACCACAGUUUUGCGUUCAAAAAAAGAGCUCGGUUUUUUUUAAAUUUAAGUCAACAACAACAUAAAAAUGAGAGGCAGCUCUUCGUACGGGGACAGAGACCGAGACCGUGGACGGGACAGAGGGCCCCGCUUUGGGUCCAGUCGUGGAGGUCCUCCUCCUCCUAAGAAGUUUGGGAACCCUGGAGACCGACUGAGGAAGAAGAAAUGGGACCUUAGCGAGCUGCCAAAGUUUGAGAAAAACUUCUACAGCGAGCACCCGGAGAUCCAGCGCAUGAAUCCGUACGAGUUAGAGGAGUUUCGCAGGAAGAAAGAGAUCACUGUCAGGGGCUCUGGGUGCCCGAAGCCAGUGCCAAACUUCCACCAGGCACAGUUUCCUCAGUAUGUGAUGGAUGUACUGCUGCAGCAGAAUUUCAAGGAGCCCACAGCCAUUCAAGCACAGGGGUUCCCACUGGCUCUCAGCGGCAGGGACAUGGUGGGCAUUGCACAGACUGGAUCCGGCAAAACACUUGCCUAUCUGCUUCCAGCCAUUGUGCACAUCAACCACCAGCCGUACCUGGAGAGAGGAGAUGGGCCCAUCUGUCUGGUCCUGGCUCCAACACGUGAACUGGCACAACAGGUGCAGCAGGUGGCGUACGACUACGGCAAGUCAUCUCGAAUCAAGAGCACCUGUGUGUAUGGAGGAGCCCCUAAGGGUCCACAGAUCAGAGACCUAGAGAGAGGUGUUGAGAUUUGCAUUGCCACUCCUGGUCGUCUGAUAGACUUCCUGGAGGCAGGGAAGACGAACCUGCGCCGAUGCACAUACCUGGUGCUGGACGAGGCGGACCGCAUGCUGGACAUGGGCUUCGAGCCGCAGAUCCGCAAAAUCGUCGAUCAGAUCCGGCCAGACAGACAAACACUGAUGUGGAGCGCUACCUGGCCGAAAGAGGUGCGCCAGCUGGCAGAGGACUUCCUUCAUGACUACAUUCAAAUCAACAUCGGGGCCCUGGAGCUCAGUGCCAACCACAACAUCCUACAGAUUGUAGACGUUUGCAUGGAGAGCGAAAAGGAUAAUAAGCUAAUUCAGCUGAUGGAGGAAAUCAUGGCAGAGAAGGAGAAUAAGACCAUCAUUUUUGUCGAGACAAAGAAACGCUGUGAUGAGCUUACUCGCAGGAUGAGGAGAGAUGGAUGGCCGGCAAUGUGCAUUCAUGGUGACAAAAGUCAGCCAGAGAGAGACUGGGUCCUUUCAGAGUUCCGCAGUGGUAAAGCUCCCAUCCUUAUCGCCACUGAUGUCGCCUCACGUGGGCUGGAUGUGGAAGACGUGAAGUUCGUCAUUAACUACGACUACCCAAACUCUUCGGAAGAUUACGUGCAUCGGAUUGGGCGUACUGCCCGUAGCACCAACAAAGGCACAGCCUACACGUUCUUCACACCCGGAAACCUGCGGCAGGCCCGUGACCUGGUACGGGUUCUGGAAGAGGCCCGGCAAGCCAUCAACCCCAAACUUCUGCAGCUGGUCGACUCUGGACGUGGGUCAGGAGGAGGAAGGAUGCGUUACCGUGGCUCUAACUCUAACAAUCCCAACCUGAUGUACCAGGACGAGUGUGACAGGCGCAUGCGCUCCGUUGGUGGAAGCGGAGGCGGUAAUAAGGAUCACCGGGGGGGUGGCGGCUACAGCCGCGAUGGGCGCUCGAGCCGUGACGAUAGAUCUUCCUCCUCAUCUUCGUACCGAGAUCGCAGCCGGGACAGCCGGAACAGCUACGGUUCAAAUGAUCAGUACCAGAGCUACAACAGCAGCGGAGGAUACAACUCAAGGGUAGGUGGAGUGUCACAGUCGGGUGGUGGCAGUGGGUCAGGUGGCGGGCAGCAGAACCAGUCGGGACCCCCCCAAGGCCCCUUUAAUCAGGGUCCUCCCCCACCCCCACAGCCUGGGAGUGGACCUGGACCGCAGCCCCUGAUGUCCCAGCAGUUUGCUCCACCUCCGCCACCCCAGCCCAUGAUUGGAUUUAUGGGUCCUGGGCCCUAUUCGUUUGGUCCCCCUCCACUACCCCCUCCUCAGCAGCAAAGAAAGUAAAACUUCCUCGAACAGAGAACCUAGAUUAUAGUUAAUCGCUCCAGAGUGAAGAAAGCUCAGUUGACUGUCUUUCACCUUUCCUUCCUAUCUCGAAAAGGGUUUUGAGCAGGCCCGUCAUUCAGGGAUUGGAAAGGUAAGGGCUACACGUUGCAUUGUAUCAGCUACAUAUUUUACGCUCUCGUCUGUGGAGCAGCAGAGGUUGACAUUUUUAGUUAAGAAUAAAACAUUUUAAGAUUAGGCUACUAGUUAUUAGUACUUGUGCAUGUUGCUUUUCAUUUCAUAUUACUUUUACAGCUCCAUCUUGGUAACUCUGCUCUACAGUAGUCCAUGCUAAUGUUUUAAGCAUUUUAUUUCUUUUAGCUCCGUAGGCAUAGAGAAAAUGUACUCGUUUUGAUGGCUAUCUAUCUUAGACAUACUAGGUUGAAUAAGCUAGUUUGGGACUUGGAGUUUGUUUUAUUUCUAUGGUUUCAUUUUUAAUAAAAGGGGCUGACCUAAA